AUGGAGUUCGUGGAUGCUAUUGGAGAGCUCAAGGCUCUCCCCGAAGGAACCCACCUGCUUUGCCCGAGACGGAGCGAAAAUGACUACGGACGCUAUGAUGACCCGAGCCAGGUGGAUGAACAUGGAAAGAGCACUGGAGAUAUCGUGGCAGAGGGCAAGGCUCGCAAGGAGAAGUUCCUCUUAUCGAUGCGUAUUCUUGCCUACAACGCAGAAGGUGUAGAGGAGCUACAGACUUGGGUCUUGAGCAAACUGGACCAGUGCUUGGAACAAUGCGACCUCUGCAUCAAGCAGUACUACACUGGCAAGGUCUGGCUCAUGGACCAGCUCAAGGAGUUGUACCAGGAUGAAGACAUCGAGGAAUUUGCCCAGCGAAUGGACGAAUGGGACGUGAAGCGCAUCACGAGAAAUCUGGCUACAGCAUGUGCUCAACUCAAAAAGGUUCCUCCCCAGGAAAUUAACCUAAGUGUCUUGGACCGGGCUGCAUUGCUCUCCAUCUUCGAGACACUAAGUUGCGAGGCGAUGCUGCGGAGUGAUCAACUUCUCCAAGAGCAUUUUGACGAGCCAUUCAAGCUCAUUCAAUCCAAGAGGUCUUUGAAGAUCUCUGAUUAUGUUCCUGCUGUUACCCGUUUCCUCUUUGACUCGAACCAAGCUCGGAGCUUCUGGGCUAUUUCAACGUGGACGCGAUACACUCGACCUCCGACUAGCGAGGAGUUUGAAUGGGCUAUUCGGGAUGGGCUUCUGAGUGCGCUACAGGCUGGAUCACAAGCUGCUAAUCAAUUACCACCUCAGCUUGCGGUAGUGCAGCGACUGUGGCGUGGAAUGCAGCUUAUUGUCAGGAAGCUAGACAAAGAUCAAAUCACACAUAACCUCCGUGCUUUAGACAUUGAUCCUUGCCGCCUGUCUGUGGACCAUCUGCAUCUGCAAACCCCCGGCCUUCGAUUCCUCUUGAAUACUAUUCAGAUUUUGCUAGAGAAAGCCCCCGGUGACUUCUGGGAUGCCAUGCAGACCAUUUCUCCUCAAGCUAUCAUCGAGCAGAUCUUUGCCAACUAUCAAUUCAGAGCCUUCCUCAUGCAGACCACCGAGGGUGAGGCGUAUGAGAAGUCGGCUUUGAAAGAUAUGCUAUCUUGGAUCAAUCCCUUUAUGGCCUCACUCAAGGGUCAUCAUCAACCCUCGGCAUGUCGAUACUUGGCCACACAACUGCUGCAGCGUCUACAAGAUGACCAAUACCCGAAUCUUGCUCGAUAUCACUGCUUUCACGUUGGCCUGAACAGUCUCCUCAGCACUCUCCGCCGUUUCACAGACCAUGAAGCGUCAAGAAGUUCCGUUGACAGCGUGGUGCUCAAAGAGACCAUGGACGUCGUGGUUGCUACCAUCAAUGUCAUUCUUAACCCGCCAGUGUUCAAUAUUGAACAGGGCCGCCAGGAAGAAAUCAAGUCUCUGUGCAUGGACGUGGUUCGCAACACUCUAGCCCUAGAGUGUCAAUCAUUGAAGAGUGACUACGAGGUUAUCUUGAAGCACGGCACUCUCUCCCAUGGUGUUUCUACCUACUCCGCGCCUGUAUGGGAGGCUGUGAUCAAGCAUCUUCGUCAAGAUAAUCUUGCACUAUCGACGGCUGCUCUACUAGGAGUCCUUCCUCUCGUUGGACUGGAAAAGUUCCCGGCCAAGGGCGAUGGUACCAAAGAGAAGACACAUUUCAACAUGAUUUAUGGUCAUCUCACCCGCCUUUCCUGUCAGAUGAUCGAACGUCUGGCAGACUUCCCGCCUGAACACCUGAAGCCUCUUUUCCAAAGCCAGGAUACCAGCAGUGCGCUGAUCUCGACCCUCUUCGCUGCCGAUUUGAACACCUAUCAAGCUGCCGUUGAUCUCAUCAAGAACGUCAGUGGUCAAUUCGCACGGCGAGAUGCAAUCUCAUACCUUCUCGAGUCGUUCUUCACAACCUCCAUGUAUGGCAUGAGUUGGUCCUUCCGACGCAUUUCCAACAUGAAGACCUUUGCACCCGCCCCGAGAAUGCUGCAUACGGGAACCGAUAUCGUAGAGAUUCUGUGUAAUAGUCAGACGGGUAUGCUGCGUACGCGAAAUUUCGUGGACCGGCGAGAGAUCCUGUCACUUCAGAAACUCUGGGAAUUCCUGUGGCAAUCCUUGACUACCAUCUUUGACGAGACGGAGGCCUGGCAUAUGCGUGGUAACGACAAGGAAGUCAUGCUUGACUUUUGUCGUGAUACCAUUCAAUUCGCCAAUUUCCUCUUCGAUCAGUAUGGUGUCUUUCUGGGUGUCGUGGGGGGUACAGAUACUGCUCAAAAGUCAGUUUCAGAGGCCUUCAUCAAGUCACCCACGACUACUAUGAGUGCCAUGGUGAAGUGGUUGCGUCUCAAGGAUGAGUAUCUUGCCACAUCUUUAGUUGCGCUGGUCUCGAAAAUCCUAAGACGAUUGGGGAGUCUGGACGUGACGACUGUCAAGGCAGACGCGUUGAGUUUCAUUGAGGGCACCGCGGUACAUGGGACAAUCAAAACGAUUUUGACCAGUCGCGACAAGGCAGAACUCGUGCGCUCACUUGAGGCUUACACCAAAAAACCUGUCGUCACUGCUUCCACGGCCUCCCUGAAAAAACAAUCUUCUAUCACUUCGUUUGCCCGCCGCCCCAACGAUCUUUCUUCCCCCUCUUCUCCCUCCUCUCGUGUUCCCAGUGACGACGAAUUUGAGGAUAUUCCCGACGAAACUCUACUCGACCUUUCUCGCUCCGUUGAACUCAAUAAAAAUCGCCUCGCCCUCACUGCCAAGCAGAAGGGUUCAUCCCCUCUCGGGAUGCCCGCCUCAACGGCACUGCAGACGAGGCCUGGGAUGCCCAAGGGUCCCAUGGCCCAACGUCUCAAAAAUGAUGCCACCAGCGUCCUGUCCUUCCGCGAGAAGCGUGAGCGAGAGAAAGAGGCCAAGAGGAAGCGGGAUAUGGCAGAGUUGGCAAGACUCAAGAAGAACAUGCCUGCUCGUGGGGUUGCGGAGCAAACGGCUGAGCAAGGCUCUGGCCUCAAAGGUAUUGGUGUGAAGGGUAAAGAUCAUUCUAUCCCCCUUGACAGUAUGAUGGUCUCGUCUGGCUCGGACAGCGAUACUGAGAGUGAAGAUGAACUAGAUCAGGAGUUGUUCGGCGCGAAGCCCAAGAAAUCCGAUGCCGCGGACCCCUCGGAGCAGAAGAAGAAACCCCCCCAGCAGAUGCCCCUCAGGAAGGUAAAGCGUCACCGGUCUAUGAAGGACAUGCGUGCCCGUCUAUCCCCGGAUCUAUCAUCCUUGCACCACCAGAUCCUGUCGUGGAAUUAUUUCGCAACUGGCGAUCUCCCAUCUGGUGAUCGCACCGACUACACCCUCGUCUCCAAUUCGUUCCGUUCUCCCCAGGAUUACAAGAACACAUUCGAGCCCCUGUUGAUCCUCGAGGCCUGGCAAGGCUUCCAGUCGGCCAAGGAUGAAAGUGCCUCCUCAUUCCGGCCUUUCGAGGUCAAGGUUAUGACCCGCUUGACCGUGGAUUCGUGGAUCGAAGUCAGCACCCAGCCUCUCGGUCUGCCUUCCAAGGACUUCUUCAUCAGCGAAGGUGAUCUGGUUUUGUUCUCCAAUGCCGCAAAGCCGCAUGAGAACGAAAAUGCUCCACACAUUCUUGCACGGGUCGCCCAUGUCAAUCGUAAAGGUGGAAAACUGGAGGUCACCUACCGCAUGAACCCAGGACCCAACAAGUUCCUUCAAUCCUUGUGUGUUGGUGCCACUGCCUUUGGAGUCAAGGUCACCUCAUUGACUCCGGUUGAGCGUGAAUACGGUGCUUUGAUGGCCUUGGAAUACUACGAUCUUUGCGAGGAGAUUGUGCUUGCCAAGCCGUCGCCACUCCUCACCUACGGGGAUUCCACUUUGCAGCCUUACAUGGACAACUACAAUAUCAACCGCGCUCAGGCCAAGGCGAUCAAGUCUGCUAUGGACAACGAUGCUUUUACCCUUAUUCAGGGUCCUCCGGGUUCUGGAAAGACCAAAACUAUCACCGCACUGGUUGGUAGUCUCCUCACGAAUGUCCUCAGCAAGGUUGCAGUCACCAUCGGUAACUCCCGACCUGCGUCUUCGCGGAAAGUGUUGGUGUGUGCACCCAGUAACGCCGCAGUUGACGAAUUGGUCAUGCGAAUGAAGGAAGGUGUCAAGACUCGCAAUGGUCGCCUAGAAAAGAUCUCGGUUGUUCGCCUGGGCAGAAGUGAUGCCAUCAAUGCCAAAGUGCUUGAUGUGACCCUUGACGAGAUGGUCAAUGCCCGCAUCAGUCAAAGCCCCUCUACAUCAAACAAUGUGGACAUGCAGAAACUUUACGAAGAGCACAAGACGACCGACACUCAAUUCAAAGACCUCCGCACCAGCCUGGAUGAUUGCCGAGCAAAGGGAAUCGCACCCCCUGAGGAGCUUGAGCGCGAGUUUGAGCUGAUGAAGAAGAAGCGAACUCAGUUGAGUGCUGAUAUUGACAAAGCCCGUGAUCAAGUUUCCACCUUGGCCCGCAAUGCAGACAUGCAGAAGCGACGCAUUCAGCAGGAGAUUAUCGACGGUGCCCAUGUCAUCUGCACCACUCUCAGUGGUUCAGGACACGACAUCUUCCUGGGCAUGAACGUUGAGUUUGAAACCGUUAUCAUUGAUGAGGCGGCUCAAUGUAUUGAGCUGAGCGCCCUCAUUCCGCUCAAGUACGGUUGCUCCAAGUGUGUCCUCGUCGGUGACCCAAAGCAGCUGCCGCCUACUGUCCUGUCGAAGAUGGCAUCGAAGUUCCAGUACGAGCAGAGUCUGUUCGUCCGUAUGCAGAAGAACUUCCCGAAAGACGUGCACCUGCUGGACGUUCAGUACCGUAUGCAUCCCGACAUCAGCGCCUUCCCCAGUCUCACUUUCUACGAUGGCAAGCUUCAGGAUGGCCCUGAUAUGGGUAAGCUUCGUGUUCGCCCAUGGCAUCAGAGCGAACUACUCAGUCCAUAUCGCUUUUUCGAUGUUCAGGGUAUGCACCAUAGCGCACCCAAGGGCCGCUCUUUGAUCAACUACGCGGAGAUUCAGGUUGCCAUGCAGCUGUAUGAUCGGCUAGUCACAGAUGUCAAAGACUACGACUUUGCAAACAAGAUUGGUAUCAUCACUCCAUACAAGGGCCAGUUGCGAGAGUUGAAGAACCAGUUUGCGUCUACAUAUGGUGAGGAUAUUCUGAAGAAGGUCGACUUCAACACCACCGAUGCCUUCCAGGGACGAGAGAGUGAAGUCAUCAUCUUCUCCUGUGUGCGUGCCUCCAACAAUGGUAUCGGUUUCUUGAGCGAUAUCCGUCGUAUGAACGUCGGUCUCACCCGUGCCAAAUCCUCCCUGUGGGUGUUGGGUAAUUCCGCGGCCUUGAUGCAGGGUCAAUACUGGAGAAGUCUUAUCAACAACGCACGAGAGCGUCAUGUCUACACAGAAGGCAACAUUCCAAAGCUUCUUCAGCGACCCCAGUUCACGGGUUACAAAGAGAUUGAAAUGGUUGAUGUGGACGCGGCUACCCCUACUUCAACCACAGUGGCUCCAACUGCCCCGACUGCCGCUCCCAUCAACCCGCCCACCGCGGUGUCGGUUGCUCCCAAGCCUCAGCCAGUCGUGGCCCCUGCGCAGUCUUCUACCCCAACACCUCGUCCUGAUGGUCCCUCCGGUGGUGCUGCAGGUUUGGAUGAGACCAAGAUGUGUGGUGUUUGUGGCAGCAAUGAGCAUUUCACUCACAACUGCGACAACGAAGAAGCCCAGGAGGCUGCCCGCGGCCAGUGUUACCGAUGCCGCGGGUUUGGCCACAGCAAGUUCCACUGCACUGCCAUCCGCUGUCUCGAAUGUGGCCAGUUUGGUCAUCCUGCUAUCAAGUGCGCCGCAAAACCGCUUCCAAAGCACGAGAAGGCCCGCAUCGCCAAUGAGGAGCGUCGUCGUCUUGAACAACAAAAGCAACACGCCGAGCGUCAGCGCCAACGGCAAAUGGGGGGCCAUGAUCCCAAGAUUCCUACCAUUGCAGUAACCACCAACUCGUCUCCGGGUCCCAAUGAGAACGCUGGCAUCAAGCGCAAGCGAAAUGAGCAAUCCGGCGAUGGCCCUAAGGCAUCACGGCCUCGUACCGGUCCAUCGGGACCACCAUCGAAUGCGCCAAAGGGCCCGCGAUUGUUGGCACCUGGCCUCUCGGGUCCUGCUCGUAACGGCCCCGGCGCAAAAAAACCGUCGGCGAGUGGUGGUGGUGGUAGUGGGGGUCCAUCGGCAUCUGGCUCCAAUGCUACAGAGGCUUCUCACCCCACUCAGCCCAAGCCGCGACCCCCGAUUAUGCGUAAGAAGGAGGUCGACCCAUUCAUUCGGCGACCCAAGCCGAAACAAAAGUAG